AUAUCGAACUAAUGAUUGCUUAAAUAUACAUUGAUUAUUUGUAUAAAUUUAACUUAGAAAAUAAAAAGUACAGAGUCUGUCAGAUGUACUACUAUUUUUACCACAUACAAAAAUUUCUCAAACCUAACUCGAUUAUUAGCUUACGCGUAAAGGAUUAUAACCUAUACAAGCUUAUGCACUGAUGCAAUAGGCUCAUCAAGAGGACAGUAUUUUCCUAUUGUGCUUGUAGUUCGUAUUUUGCCCAUACCUGUCGCUGAAGUCGCAUACGCUACAAGCGAAAAGUGAAGAACAGCCUAAAUUACAAAAUGGCUGUACGUUCUUCUUUGUUAGAAAUCGCGCGAAAAUAUAAGUACGUUGAGCACGUUCGAAAAAGCAUCAAGAAGCGUUCAUUCUUUUUAUUGGACGGAAUGUCUCGCUCAAUGACGUAAGACAAACAACAAAGAAGAGAUGACGCAGAGAGAGAAAGAAAAAGAAAGAGAGUGAGAGAAAGAGAGAGAGAGAGAGAGAGAGAGAGAUCAUAAAAUGUGAUGUCAUCACACAUACACAUACACACGCGUAGGAUCAAUCUUUUUUUGCAUUAUUCGCAUCGUUGACUCUUCGAAUAGAGUUUAGGCAUACACGUGCCGUAGGCAAUGUACGCAUGUAUAUAAUACAUACAAAAGCGAAAGCCUACUAAAUAAUUUAUAUAUAUAUAUAUGUGUGUGUGUGUAUAUAUAUAUAUAUAUACGUGAAAGCAGGCCAAGUCCACAUUUAGGAUGAAGGCUAUUAAGAAAAAUGGGGCAGUCGUGAUACGAAAAGAGGUCUUAAAGCUCGUACUAAUAGAUAGUUGACAUACAGAUAUAUCGUUGGAGACGAAACAGGACAGAAAUAGAAUUAAAAAGAAAAAAGGGGGAAUAUAUUAAAUACGACGAAGCAACCUGACAGUCGAUCGGUUUUGGCGGGAGAUUACCCCGGCUUUGGCUAAGACAUGUGCGAUUAUAACGUGCUCGACUGUCACAUGUCACACAUUGGAAAUUAUCGUAUUUGAUAGCACAUAUUCGAUAAAUUGUCCAAUACGAAAAAAAUUAAAUAAUCUAAAAGAUAUUUCUAUGUGUAUGUGUGUGCGUGAUGCAUUUGAUAACAUUGAAUUCAUUGAUCUUUGCUCUUUAUCGGGAAAGAUAGAGAAUAUAGAUAUGAAAUUGAUGAAAAUCUAUUCUAUUAAUGGCGUCCUAAGGUAACGUGGAAUUUUGUGAAAAGCAGGAUUUUCUCUUAAUUUGAUUAUAACGUCAUGAGAAUACUUUUGGAAAAGAGCGUGAAAAUGUGCGAUCAUGAAAAAUAAAUCUGCUCUAUUGCUUAUUAUCGAUCACCCUAAUAUGGAUGACGCGUGGCGAUCAACGUAUUAAGAUGAAAAAAAAGUAUUCGUGAGGCGUGGUGGAAAUAAUUUUACAUAACGGUGGGGGAUACACGUUUAACAGAAAUAUCGUUCUCCUGGUACCGAAUGAAACUGGUUUGAUCGCUAUUUCUGCACGAGGUGCAGGUGGAGAACAGUGACCUUUCGAAUAGUGUGUCAAGUUCUCAUCGUAUAAAAAAAGAAAUAAAGGAAAAUGUCAAAUGAUGUAUAUACAGAUAUAUGGUACGAUGUUAUUCCACUUCACCAUAGGCCAGAAUUAGUUAAAGAAUGUUGUAAAUUGCUCAAUACAGAAUGGCCAAGAAGUGAAACAGCUCGACUAAAGUCUUUGAAGGUAUCUUGUGACGACUUUCCUACAUGUCUAGUUUUAUUAGAUAGAGAAAGUCGAGUUCUUGGUCAUUGCAAAGUAUCUUUGAUACCUAAAGUACGUCACAGUUGUUACAUUGAAUCAGUCGUAGUUGAUUACAAAUCCAGAGCUCAAGGAUUGGGAUCUAGAUUGUUACGUGGGACGGAAGAAUAUGUGGCAAGGAAAGGUUUCAAAACAGUAUACUUGAUAACAAAAGGUCAAGAACUAUUUUAUAUUAAAAAUGGAUAUACGAUUUGUGACCCCAUCGAAACGUGUGGAUAUAGAAAAUUUCUACCUCCUACUACCAUAGUUGAAGCAAAACAGAAAGAAAAAAAUACACUUUUUUCUGGUCCCCCACCCCCUCCAAUGCCACAAUUAGUAUUUGAAUAUUUUGAUAUAAGAAUGCUAUCUCAAAAAACACACAUGGUUAAAAAAUUAUGAUAAUUACAUUUUACAGAUUUUUUCAAAAUA